AUGAAUAACCGCGGUGUACGUCUGACGCUUUUUCUGUCGGUUAAUCUGUUGAUUCUAUUGGGCCACGUAGCCGGUUCCAAGGUGUUGCAAAUUCGAGGGAUACCUAUCGCGAAAAGUUCGCUUUAUCCGUCGGAUCGUGACUUCCAGUGCCUUGACGGGAGCCUGAUAAUACCAUUCUCUCAUGUAAACGAUAAUUACUGUGACUGUGCCGAUGGUAGUGACGAACCCGGCACACCUGCCUGUACGAAUGGCUCGUUCUACUGCGAGAAUUCCGGCCACAAGCCUCGCUACAUACCAUCCACCUGGGUGAACGACGGCGUUUGCGAUUGCUGCGAUACCAGUGACGAGUACAGCUCAGGUAAAGGAUGCCCGAAUAAUUGCAACGAGCUUGGGAAGGAAGCCAGGUUGGAGCAGCAAAAGGCGGAGGAGCUGAUAAGGGAGGGCAACAAGAUAAGAAUGGAAAUGAUUGCCAAAGGUAAACAAUUGAAAACAGAUUAUCAGGCACGUUUAGUUAAAUUGCGGGCAGAAUACGAGGAAGCGAAUCUUGUGAAGAAGGAGAAAGAAUUGUUAAAGACUCAGGCAGAGGAACGAGAGAGCAUGGCUUUGGAAAAAUACAAGCAGGUUGAACCUACGGCGGAGGAAGGAGAAGAGGAGGAAGAGCUGCGUGAAUCAGACGCUGAGGAUUAUUUCAAGUUGCUAGACUCCGACAACAGUGGUACUGUAACAAUUUCAGAACUCCAGACUAGGGUGACGUUCGACAAAGACAGGGACGGAGCUGUGUCUGAAGAGGAGGCACUGUUCUUCUUGAACAAUCAGAGGGAAGUUAAUCUACAAGAUUUCAUGAAUUCAGCAUGGACAAACGUAAAGCCGUUUUUAAUGCUGGAACAAGGGAUGUUUAAACCAGCAGAUCAGAGGGAAGAGGGAGAAGACGAAGAAGAGGAAGAUGUUCACGAGCCGAUAAAAGAAAGAUCCGAGCAAGAAAAGGAAGAAGAUGGCGCAGAGGGAGAGGAACAGGCUGGCGACGAACAAAAGAAAACUGAGGAAUCCCAAGUGCAAUACGACGAGGAAACGCAAGCCUUCAUCGACGAGGCAACGAUUGCCCGUGAGAAUUUCCAAACAGCAGAGAAAUCUGUAAACGAACUGUUAACUGAAAUUCGCAAGUUCGAAGAGAAAUUGGACCGUGACUUUGGCGUCGACAACGAAUUCGCGCCUCUGGACGGCGAAUGUUUCGAGUAUACGAAUUUAGAGUACAUCUACACUUUGUGCAUGUUCUCGAAGACGACGCAAAGAUCGAAAUCCGGUGGCGGCGACAUUAACCUUGGCCACUGGAACGAUUGGAACGGGCCAGAGGGUCAGAAAUAUUCCAGGAUGAAAUACGACAAUGGUCUCAGCUGUUGGAACGGACCUGCGCGUUCCACCGUUGUCAAUCUAAAUUGUGGCAGAGAGAACAAACUAGUUUCAGUGACGGAGCCUAGCCGAUGCGAAUACGCCAUGGAAUUUUCCACACCAGCUGUAUGCAAUCUCGCUCAGGACUCGGCCAAUCUCGCUCACGACGAGUUAUAA